AUGCCUGCGGAUUUCACCGAUCACGCAGACCACACUGCUUGUGCCACUACUACAGACCAUGCUGCUGAUGCUGCUGUUACUACUGUGGACCCUGCACCUGCAGCCCUUGACCCUGACACAAAUUCAAAACAGCAUUGCAAAAAAUGCUCUCAAGUCAUUGAAGAAGGCCAGGUUUAUCAAUAUGGCCCGCAUCGGUGGCAUGUCGAAUGUCUUCGCUGUUCAAUCUGCAACUCGCUACUAAAGCACGACUUUAAUGUCCACCUCCUUGGUAACGGAUCCCUAUUUUGUGCCAACUGCUCGUAUACAUGUAGCGUCUGCAACAAACUAAUUGACGGUACUGCUGUGCUAACAGACGACCAAGCCUUUUGUUCAUCUUGCUUUCGCUGCCGCAAUUGUAAAAAAAGAAUUGACGACACUCAAUAUGCUCGCACAUCUCAAGGCACUUUUUGCAUGAAGUGCCAUCAAACCUUGCUGGCAAGGAAAAAGCGUGCUGCUGCUCUCAAAGCGACAAAUAGUAGUAGUAAUACAACUACUACUACUACUACUGCAAUUUCUACCUCUACUUCAAAUUCAAACAUUUCUACUGCUAAAACGUCGCCUGUAGCUCCAAAUAUCCCAAACUUACAACCGCUGCUCCCAUUACCUUUUGCAUCUGCAGCAAACCCCCCUCAACCACCUGCAUUAUCCCUGACUGGCCAUGCAUCUUCCCCAAGCCUCGGACAAUAUUCUUCCAUGGUUCACCAUGCCCCCGCAACCUUUAAGGAAAAAUCCCUCCCACAACUACCUACUGAAGAACCUCACGAUGCCCCAGUAUCGCCAUCAUCAGCUUCUUCUCUUAAUCGUAGCAACUCAUAUAACCAAGGGCUUGCUUUUCCACAGGGAAUUUCACCUCCUCGUCCACCUCCUCCUCUGGAACGUAUUCCUCCACGCGUUCCUCUCAAAUCGCAACCAAUGUCUGCGAAACCUACACUUGAGGCUCCGCUAGUCUCUACAAGUCAUUCAUCGCCUGUAGUCCCUUCAGGACCUUUCUUUUUCAAUAAUAGCAAUAACAAUUACAAUAACAACCAGGAAGACUCCCUACCAGCUCUCGGAUCUAAAUUUAUGCCUAAACGGGAACUUCCUUCCCCACUCGAUGAUACAAGCCCUCGCAAACUUGCCUCUCCAGAACUGGAUUUUAAAUCAACUCCCUCCAGAGGAGGUGUGUAUAUUGACAGCACCCUCAGCUCCCCUAACGACUUUUCCGAUGCUGAUUUGGUAUUACGAUUACCUAAAAUUGAAGGUGUCAAGCUGGAUCUCGAUAGCUCUAGCUCCAGCUCUAGCGAAAACCUCGAAAAGUACACGAUGGAGCGCUCAGCCCUUCAAACUAUGUCCCCCAGCUACAAUAACAUUCCUCGAACUCCAGAAGAUGAUAUCAUCAACCGGCUCGAACCUCGCGCUGCUAGCGGUCACUAUCGCAGUGCAAGUGAAAAUAGACUUUCUGUUGUGUCACCACUAACGCGUGAGCUUAUGGAUGCACGUAAGCGCAUUACUGAGCUAGAGCUUCAAUUGCGAAAUACUAAGAACAGUAAUGCUAAUCUCGAUUCAAAUAUUAACGAAAAACGCAAAACCAUUGCUGGCCUCGAGGCCAAGGGUGAAGUCGCCAAAAUGGAGCUUGGAAUGCUAGACCAGGCUUUGGCCCAGAAAAAUAACCUUCAAGACGUUUAUCCAGAACUUAUCAAGCGCUUUGUAGAUGAGGUCUCGCACUACAAGGAAUCCCUGCGGGCAGAGAUUGAAGAGCUAAUGCUAACGCGCAAUAAACUGGAACAAAAAAAUGCAGAACUUGCUAAAAUACAUGAAGUCUGGAUUGAGAAAAAUAUGGGCAUUGAAGCAGAAAAUAAGCAACUUUUGAUGCUCAACUCGCGAUUAACUAGAUCUGCUGAAGAAAAAGUAGGCCCUAUUCUAGACCAACAUGAUGCAGCCGAUGAUAAAAAGUCUGGAGGACGCCGGUUUUGGAAAAGACCCACUGCUGCAGUUGCCAAGGGUGUCAAAGGUUUCAAUAAGGUAUUCAACCAGGAUCAGUCGCAACAAUUGCACGCUCCGCUAAUUUCUACUGGCCCAUAUAGUGAUUUGGAUGGGUCUAUUACCAUGAUUAGCAAUAAUACAGUUAACUCCUCUGAGAGCGGAGAAGAACGGUCCAAGCGCUGGUUUAAGACUAGUACAGAUGCCCCACAUAUGGCGACUACAGUGUCUACAUCCUCAGUAAUUUCUCUUAUGGGUGUACCUAUUGAAAAACGCAUCGAGUAUGAAAAUACCAACAUUCCCCUAAUUGUGACACGGUGUGUACAAGAAGUUGAGAAACGUGGCAUGGAGUUUGAGGGUAUCUACCGCAAGUCUGGUGCACGGUCCCAAGUAACUUCGAUUGAAGAGGCUUUUGAGCGUGCUGGUGGUGAAGAUGUAGACGAUGCCGUAUUAGAUGGUGAUAUAUCAGGUGUGACGAGUGCUCUUAAGCAAUAUCUUAGACACUUGCCUAUCCCACUCGUACCAUUUGACGUCUAUGAAGACUUUGUAGAGGUUUCUCGUGAAAUCACAAAGUCUCCAGACUAUGCAACAGAUAUGCUACGUGCCCUUAUAAAUAGUUUACCCCAGCCUUAUAAGGAAUGCUUGAGCUAUGUGGUACAACAUUUGGUCAAGAUAACCCAACAUGCCGAUGUCAACUUAAUGACGGCACGCAAUCUUGCUGUGGUGUUUGCACCUACCCUUGUACGACACAUUACUGGUGAACGCGAAAUUGUUGACAUGCAAGCACGCAACGACGGUACUCAGUUGCUGAUUGACCGGUACACUACGAUUUUUGCUGAUGUGUUUAUCAGAACUGACCCACCUCCCAUUCCAACAGAAGCUUCUUCUUCUUCUAUGAGCGUGCCCUCAUCCAAUGCGAAUGGGAUCAAGAUUGUGACGGACAUAAAUACAGAUAAAUUGGACAUUGAUACAGAAGCCACAAUUGCAGCAGCAGCAGCUGUGGGUGGCACGGUUGAAAAAUCUCGUGACGCAGAAACAUGCUCAGAAGUAUCAUCUGUGCCAACAGUUGCAGGUGGUGCUGUGCAUUUAGGAGAGGACGAAUUGAUUGGCGCGCAUAAUGAUCCUGCGCUUGACGCCACUCCUGUUAUUCCUGCUGUUCAUUACCCCAUGAAACUUAGUGCCAAUGUUAUUUAG